GGCGCUGUGAAGGGAGCCGGACAGCGCGAUCCUGAGGCGGCGGCUUUCCUGCGUUUAGCCUCGCCGGCGACGACGGCGGCCAGGAAGCGGGGGGUCUCCACAACAAGCCCGGCGCGCCUUCCAAAAGCCCCUCGCCCGGCGGUCCAUGUAGCCCCGGACCGAGCACGCCCAACACCGCCACCCUCCGCCGCCGCCGCGAUGUCCUCCCCGGUGCGCUCGCCCACCCUGCGGCCCCAUCGGAUGAGGAAGGACGAGUCUUUCCUGGGGAAACUCGGAGGGACGCUGGGCAGGAAGAAGAAAGCCAAGGAGGUGUCUGAUCUGCAAGAAGAAGGUAAAAAUGCUAUCAAUGCUCCGAUGUCCCCUGCUACAACCGAUCUUCAUCCAGAAGAUACAUUACUAGAGGAAAAUGAAGAACGUACCAUGAUAGAUCCCACUUCAAAGGAGGAUGCCAAGUUUAAAGAACUUAUCAAGGUCCUGAUUGACUGGAUAAAUGAUGUCCUGGUUGAAGAAAGGAUAAUUGUCAAACAGCUUGAGGAAGACGUCUAUGAUGGGCAAGUGCUACAGAAAUUGCUAGAAAAACUUGCUGGUCAAAAACUAAAUGUGGCUGAAGUGACACAGUCUGAAAUUGGACAGAAACAGAAACUGCAGACUGUCCUGGAAGCCGUCUAUGAUUUACUUCGACCUCAUGGCUGGACGAUCAAAUGGAGCGUGGACCUGAUCCAUGGCAAGAACCUGGUGUCCAUCCUCCACCUGCUGGUGGCUAUGGCCAUGCAUUUCCGGGCUAAUAUUCGGCUUCCUGAACAUGUUUCUGUGCAAGUAGUCGUUGUAAAGAAGCGAGAAGGGUUACUCCAGACGGCCCAUGUGACCGAGGAGAUCACUACUACAACUGAAAUGAUGAUGGGAAGGUUUGAACGAGAUGCUUUUGAUACACUCUUUGACCAUGCUCCAGAUAAACUAAGUGUGGUGAAAAAGUCCUUGAUCACUUUUGUAAACAAACACUUAAACAAGCUGAAUUUGGAGGUGUCGGAAUUAGAAAGCCAGUUUGCAGAUGGCGUCUACCUGGUGCUCCUGAUGGGUCUCCUUGAAGAUUAUUUUGUUCCUCUCCAUCACUUCUUCUUAACACCUGAAAGUUUUGAUCAGAAGGUUCACAAUGUCUCCUUUUCUUUUGAGCUGAUGCAAGAUGCGGGACUCAAGAAACCAAAAGCGCGACCGGAAGAUGUUGUCAACCUGGAUCUGAAGUCUACCCUGCGGGUUUUAUACAACUUGUUCACAAAGUACAAGAAUGCAGAGUGACCGGAAGUUCUCCAGAAACCGCAAGGGAUGUCCCAGGAAAUGGCUUUCGAUUUCCCUUCUUAUGUUUUGUUGUCUUUCCAGUCAGUUUCCUAACUUGGUGGCCCUUCAGUUGGGUUGGUAGGCAGCUCCCAUUAUCUGAAGUGAGUGAAAGUGGUUCAAGAAUGAAUGCUGUUGUCCAAUAAUCUAGAACAGGGGUGUCAACCUCUCAAGGCCCGGGGGUGGCAUCUGGCCUGUGGGGUACUUAGAUUUGGCCCAUGGGGCUACCCUGGAAACAGUGAAGGACUGACCUGAAGUGCCUCUGCCAGUGAAAACAGCUCAUUUUCGCUAGCAGAGUGUUGCAGGAGGCCAUCACAGCCUAAUAUGGAACUUGGGAGGGCUGCGGGCAGCCUUCCUAAGCUCCAUUUUCACUGGCAGAGUGUUUGUUGCAGGAGGCCGUCACAGCCGAAAACAGAGCUUGGGAGACUUUUUUCACUGGGAGAGCUCUCGGGCCAUCACAGACACCUCCGAUACGAGUGAUGUCAAGCUGGCCGUACCCCCCCCGGCCCUCUGAGGUCAAACACAACCCUGAUGCAACCCUCAAUGAAAUUGAGUUUGACACCCAUGAUCUAGAAGCUAACCAGGUUGGGAAUGGCUGGUUUCUGCUUGCUUUUUGUGUUGUAAAAAACCUUCUGUGCUUUAAGCCCUACAGCCUGCCUUUGGAAAUGAAAUUUCGCUCCCUGGAAAAUAUCCAUGUUCUGUUUCCUUUUUCUGCAGAACUGUUGCCUACAGUCUCCCCUGUUGAGCAAUAGUGCCUUAUCCCAACAGUGGCGUGUGUGUCACAGACUGGCGAGGCAUUGUUGAGAAGAAAGUGCCCUGUCUGGAGCUUGGCAUAGGUUUAGUCUGAGCUCCAAAUCUCACUUCUGCAGUGAGAGUCUGAACACGCUUGAGUCCAGCAGUGGGAUCCUACCUGGUCCACUACUGGUUCGGUGAUCGCUCGUGCACCUAACGCAUGCGCGCAGCUUUCUACACACCAGCUGAGGCCUGCAAUGCCAAUCAGCUGAAAGGAGAAAGAAGAGAAAAGACCAGGGGUGGAUGGGAAGGCCAACCCUGCGCUUUUCUCUUCUUUCUCCUCUCAGCAGAUCUUGGAGGCUUAUUUUUUUUUUACUACCGGUUCAGGGGAACCAGUCCAAACCAGUAGCAUACCACCACUGCUUGAGUCCCAUUACCUUGGUAGUAUAAUGGAAACAACUCUGACCUUCCUAGCAUUGACUUUCCUAGUCAUUGUAGGGUUUGUGAAGGGCGAAAGCUUAUAGGAAUGCUAAUUGUGAUGUGGCAGCUGGUUUUCAAAAACGUGUUCCGGAUGAGAAAGACAGUGAUCCAUUUGGGAUCACUGAUUCUGUCUCCUUUUCGCCCUGAUUCAGACACAUCUAGGCUUCCUUUUCAUUUUGGGGGUGGGGUGGUGAUGGUGAUCCAAGUCUGUUUUCUAAACCUUUGACUGCAUUGCUUUCCCUUUUGAUAUCACCUAUCCCAUGACUUCACUCCAUAUAUAUUGUACAUCUCGGAUGGCAGAGUUGCCUGUUUGGAAUAAAAUAAU